UUCCUGACUACGGCUUCCAAAUGCGAAAAGAUCUCGGAGAGUGACUUUUUUCAAGCUUGCUCCGUCCGAGGAAAAUAAUGAAUGCAGCUUAUUUCAUAAGCAAUACGGAUUCUCUCUUGACUUAAAUAUGAAUUUUAAGACGUGCCCUAUUUAACGUUGGUUCUACAUUACUGUCCGUGUCUCUCCCUAUGCACCAUUUUUCUAGGGUUUUCCUGGACACAGUGGCGCCAUGGGUCAACCAGAGGACCACAGCCAACUAGCUCCUGGUGUCUCGAAGUUGGGUUCCUCGUCAAAGGAUUCACACCCUCCAUCUUCUCUCAUCCCUGGUGAUUUCAACGCGUUAUGAUGUGAUACUGGAACAUCAGUGAGCCAGUGUCUGUGAGAGUGGGAUAGAGCAUGGGAUUGGCCCCCGGAGACAGGAACCAUACUCUUAUUCCUGAGGCUCCCAGGUCUCUGGCCCCUUAGGGCACACAAUAGACAGCGAGCAGCUCUGAGGUAAAUUGCGGAGCGGGGCUGAACGACAUCAUUACUGACCUUUCUGCACAUUUUUUAGCCAGCCUCACCGGUGGUGAUGGAGUCUGAGGAGCCAGAGCUGAGGGAGUGUGAUGAAGCCUUUGAGUCAGAUGAAGGCAAUGUAGAGUCUUACCUGGAAGAGCCAGAGAGCAGCAGGGAGCUCCUGGAGAGGCUCAAGGAGCUGGAGGCAGAGAAUUCAGCCCUGGCCCUUGCGAAUGAAAGCCAGAGAGAAGCCUAUGAAAGGUGUCUGGAUGAGGUGGCCAACCAUGUGGUACAGGCCCUUCUGAAUCAAAAGGACCUGCGGGAGGAGUGUAUUAAGCUGAAGAUGCGUGUGUUUGACCUGGAGAGACAGAACAAAACCCUGACUGAGCUCUUUGCCCAGAAACUACACCCCCAAGCCAGCCAUCUGCAACAGUUGCAGUUGGUGUCUGUCACAGAGCCCAGCACAGAGCCCAGCACAGAGCCCAGCACAGAGCCCAGCACAGAGCCCCUGACCAUGGACAGUGACAAAUUGCUGGUGUCCAAAAACGAGGGGGAACUCAAGAGCAAUGGGGACCGCACACAGAACGGGUCAGCCACAUCGGCCCGGGCCACUGCCACCUCCAUGGAGGCCCUGUCUCCGUUUUUCAAGAAGAAAGCACACAUCCUAGAGGUCCUGCGCAAGCUGGAGGAGUCAGACCCACUCAAGUUCCACCCCUCCUUCUGCCUGUCCCCCCACCAUGACCUGGGCCAGGCGCCAGUCUCCAUGGAGAGAGACCAGAUAUCCCUGAUGUCCUCUGAGGCGUUACCUGCCCCACAGCGCCCGGUGGCACACCCAUCAUCACGCUGCCACCACUCCAGCUCUGACUCGGACAUUCACGAUUAUGCCAAUGGAGAAGGGGCUCUCCAGGAGGACCAUGCCCAGCUUCAGCAACAACAACACGGGAGAUGUCAGUCCUGCCACAUACUCUCCCAGAAGAGCAGCCUGGACAGCAUGCUGAAGUGUGCCCAGGGCCACAGUGCCUCACACCAGGCCAGAGUGGAGAUCCUUAACAGGCAGGCCUGUGCAGAGGACCAGGGAGCAUCGGCACAGAGCACAACCCCUCCCCAAGCAGCGGCUAUUUCCUACCUCCUCUCUGCUGACAGCACAAACCAGUGCUACAUGCGCAAAACAGCUUUGGACUUUCUAGAGCGCACUCCAGAAGGUUAUUCUGAUCCUUUCCUCUCCUUGCUAAUCCAAGCCAACCUCAACGGGAUGCUAGGGCAGGAGCCCAGGAAGUUACAAAAACACACAGACAAGCAUCCAUCCAGCAAACCUCCGCCACAGGCGGAGGUACAGCCCUCUCACGGUGAGAAUAUAAAGCACAUAAAGGCUGUCAUGGCAACGUCACAGAGCCAGAACGAGGACAGUCUGGAAGAGUGCUGCUACCUCGAAGUAGAGGCAGCGGCACACAAUGUGAACAACAGCCUGCACUCUUCUACCUCGCACACAGACCAUGUUGAGGCGGAACCAGAAUAUCCCAAGGAGCAGGAAGUGAGUGAUCAGAUCUGCAACGGGCUCUACUUCUCCAAUGAAACAUCCGUCUCCAAGAAGGUGGCGGUGGAAUCUUAUUCUCCAGCCCCAGUGCCUGAGAGGAACAGCUCAGCUCAGGCCCUGAAUCCCUCUGGGAAGAGCAAGCUUGCACUCAGCCCCACCUCUCCCUCUUCAGGUCUGAGUGAAGUCAAGCCCUCCCCUAUCUCCUCCCCGUCCCGGCUGCUCAAGUUCCUGAAGAUCCCUCCGGGGAUCAACCAGGCACAACCAGGCAACCCCCUCCGUCUAAGUCCCCAGCUCACCCGCAGCUCCAAGAUCCCCUGCAGGAACAACAACAACUAUGAGGUGUACCACUCUCCCGUCCUGACCCGCAAAGCCACCACCACAGAGAGGGAGAAGCAGCCAUCCUCAUCCUCCUCCAAAACAGACCCCUACCCUGCCACACACUCCGCCCCCACCUCCCCACCCAAAUCAGAGGACAUUGUGGACACCCGUCCCAUGGCCAAGGAGAUUGUUUUCAGCAGCCACUUUGCGUCCAAACCCAGCGACAGCACAAAGGCACCCCCCUCCUCUCAUGCACAAAGGGGCUCUCAGAAGGUACACCAAUACGAGAAUGUCUGCCCCUCAGAUGGGACGCCCCAGUUCCUGGAGGGUCUUAAGAAGUCCCAGUACCUCCCUUACCCGCAACACGAGGGUCCUGUAGAGAAGCAUUGUCAGCCAGAUGAGAGCCGCCUCAGCCCCCCGUCUUCACAGCACCCUGACUCGUCCCCAGGGACGGCUGACCAGGACUUCUCUGACCAGGACACUGACUCAGAAAGCCCCGUCUGGCACAAGCCAAACCAACACUUUAGCCUCCCCUCCUCGUCCUCCUCCGCUGCCAGUAAAGCACAAAGUAGUCACCCCAGCUACUCCAGCAUGAGGGACAGGCACCAGGCGCACCGUGCAGCUCCAGAGCCCUGCCAACAGAACUGUGAACCUGCCCAGCCAACUCAGUCUUCAGCCAGGCGAGGUGACCCCAAGAGACUGGUGCAGGGCAAGACUUCCCAGAGUGAGUCCAGUCACCACCCCUUCAAAGAGCGCCUGGCUGCUUUGGGGAAACUGAAGAGCACAGAAGAUCUGCCAGUAGGUGCACAGUCUGUGGACAAGAAGGAUGUACAAAGUAACCUAGGCAAACCCCCCACCAACAAUAUUGAGAAAAGCAAGACCGCUGAAAGGCAAGUUGAGCGAACUGGAGCAGAGCAGCACAGAAAUCAGAAAUCCACCGAUUCCCUGGAUGGGAAGCCCUACCCCAAAACCAGCCUCUGCAGUCACACUAGGGUGAUAGGUCCAAUACAUGAAUCGGGCACCAAAUCCUCAGCCACCCCAUCAAUGAUACCCAAGGGAGAGCAGGAGACACUGUUUUCUCCCAGGAUAUAUGUAGCAAAAGCAGAAGGUCCAAAGAUCAAGAUGGGCACAUCAUCCUCCAACACAGAGACUCCUCCAGUGGUGCGGAGCUAUGGGAAAUGCCCCAUCACCCAGAGCCACCACAGUAAAACUGCCCCCAGCCCACAAAACAGCCCCACUAAAGUCCCGUCAAAGUCCCCUUCAAAGUUAGGUCAAGCUUCCUCUUAUCCCAGAGGGGUCAAACCCAUUCCUGAGGACCGUGCCAUGGCUCAGAGAAACCCACUUCGGCCAGAGGACAAAACCAAGCUCCCGGCCGGCAAGAAAAAGACCUUUGGCCAUGCAGAGAGCUUCCCGCCUCCCCCUCUGCCACCACGGCCGUCUACUGAAGCCAUCGCAAAAGAGGUCAAAAAGCCGUAUUCGUCUGGCCCAUCCGUGCUCCAGUCUGCCAUUGAGCAGAAGGUAAUGCGUGGCAUCGAGGAAAACAUGCUGAAGCUGCAGGAGCAGGACCAGGGCCAGGUGGCCGAGCCAAAGCAGAAGGCCUCCAAUGGCAUCGCCAACUGGUUCGGCCUGAGGAAGAGCAAGCUCCCCGCCCUCAACCGCAAACCGGAAGUGUCCAAGUUCAAGAUCAACGUGUCAUCGUCUGCCUCUGGCGGAGGGGCUAAGGACCAUAAGACAGGUGGUCCCCAGAAGGUGGUAGAGAGCCUGAACAUCUCAAAGCUGAUGGAGAAGGCAGAGGACCUGCGGAAGGCGCUGGAAGAGGAGCGGGCAUAUGUGAACAGGGUCGGGAUGGACUGCUCUGGCAGAGGCCACUCAUGUGAGGUGGUGAUGGACCAGGCCCAAGGCCAACUGUCACUCAUGUGCAGAGGAUUGACCGCAGAGAACUUCAUGCAGCAGCUCCUCAACAGUCCCUCGACGUCUUGUUCUGGAAACAGGGUGGACGAGAGGGGAGCUAUACCUACCACCUUUGGAAUGACACACAGACGCCUCUCCUUUGACUCUAAGAGGUCGCGGCCCAACUUCAGUCACCAAAGGAACGGGAUCAGCCACACCAAGAGCAGGGACGAGAUAGCCCAGGGUUCGGUUAUGAUCGGCAAGGGUGAGGUCACAUCAGAAGACAGCUUGGCAGAGUCCAUUAGUGCUCAGCAUUUUACAGGUUCUGGGGCCUCCAUGCGCACCCUCGACAGUGGCAUUGGCACAUUCCCCAUGCCAGACUACGCCAGUAGCAUGGCAGGGAAGAGCAUCCCUAAGGGGAAGCCACAGGGAGAGCAAGGGUUUUCUUGCUCCCAGGGUAAGCAUGGGGCCAUGAUGAAGGUUCCGCGUAAGGCCCAUACACUGGAGAGAGAGCUGUCAUCUCUGGAUGAAGUCAACCCGUUUGUCCUGUAUGGCUCAGGGCUGGAGGGAAAAGGUACCAACAUGCACCUGUCCAGUACAAUCCACAAGGAUAUAGAUGCCUAUGGAGCUCAUAUGCAAAAUCCCCUCACCAAGAACUGGACCUUUCCCAAUCUGAAAGGCUCUGCGGAAGCCACUGAUGUUUACCUGGAUGUGCAGGGAGACCUGGGGACCCCAUCCAGAAGGAGUUUGAAACAGUGUUCUCCCCAGCACCCUCUGGCCACUGACCCAGGCAGCCUCCCCCUGCCACUCCAGACAGGGCUCAGCCAGCGGGGUAAGGGGCGGACGCCCAGCGCCUCUGAGGUGGGGAAGGACGGAGGGCUGGAGCUGGUGAAGGAGAGACCAGAGGACCUCCUGUCCCUGAGAGAGACGCCUGAAUCCCUCAGUGACUCCCUCUAUGACAGCCUGUCCUCCUGUGGCAGCCAGGGCUAGGACCCAGGGACAGAUAGGGGAACAGAGGGAGAGAUGGACCAACCGACACCCUUUAAACCACGGCUAAUGAUGCACAUCCAUCCCUCCUUGUAAUGGUGGCCCAGCCCAUAAGGCAGACCAAGUUGAAGUACCCCCUUCCCUCUUCCACACACACAGCUCUCUCUGCUGACCCGGUCUACUUUGCUGAGAUUUGGUUAGUACUGCUGGAAAACUCACUCUCAGGUUGACUGAUGUUCACACACACACACAUCAUUUGUGGAACUAGACUGAGAAUUGGGCACUGUUGUUCUCCAAGCAACAAGCAUCUGAUGACAGACCAGCUCAACUCAAAUGUGUACACACACCGACGAGAUGCAUGGGAAAAUAACACUUUCAAGACAGCCACACGAUCACCAUGGUCUGGAUAAUCUGAAGAAUUGUUGUUAAAUAACUUAACCAGGCUCCUGAGGUCGGCCCCAAGAAGUGGCUGGUAUCAGGGGUUUUUCAAGUCUGUCCUGGAUGUGGACAUGUUUCAGUCUAGGAAAAUUGGGCAGCCAUUAAUGCCAGAAAACAACCACAUUUUACUGCCCACUAAAUAUGUCGCAAUGCGUGGAUCGACUAUAAUAAACUUCCCUGUUUUCAGUUAUGUUUUUUUUUUUUUAACUGUUGUGCUUUGUUACAUGUUAUGUAUCAUGUAAUUUAAUUUUAAGUUAAAUAAAAAAGUGUGGGUAUGAAUGGAAGGAUGUGUGUAUGUGUGUGAGACUUAAUGCAGGGUCUCCACACUAGCUAUGACUAUGUCAAUGAGCUUCUGACCGGGGAAAAGAAUUUCACACUUUCUCUGAAGCUGCCAUAUAGUGUACUGUUUCACAACCUACUGUAACACAUAGUGGCAAAUCAUGACAACAGCCAUUAUAUUACACUUAUGACCAGACAUUACCUAGUACUGUAUGUGUUAUGGACUAUGAAAUGCGAAGAAUCUCAACCAAGAGUCAAAUGUUUUACAUGUGUUUAAUCCAUUGUCAGACUGUUUUACGUAGUGAAACAUUUAUCAGGAAUAAUGCCAUUAUAACAGCAUUAUAUAGGCAGCCUGUGAAUGCGCCAUUAACAAUGAAGUUCUAAACUGAGCUGCUAUUUAAUACUCUAAAUAGUUUGACAAGCUGAAAGAGUGAGUAAGUAACACGAUCCAUCCACCUUUUAUGUACUGUAAACUGAGUUGGCAUACAUGAGCCAGGAUUCAAUUUAAGACAAGUUAAAGAACAGCGUACUUUAACAGACUUUUUAAAGGUAAUUUGUGCUUAACCUGUCAUGCACAGCGUUUCCCAUGAAUGCGACCUAUGUGAAUGUCUGGGGAAAAUGCCUUUAAAAGGCUCAUUGUCGGCUGUUUAGUCCACUGCUCUAUAACGCACCCUGCCAAAAAUCUCGUUUGGCACAGGUUUCAUAUUUAUCCUGCCAGAAACGAUUUGAACCGAUAACUCUACUUUGUCUAAAAUGCUCCACUAAAGCAAAAAGAUGGAUGUAGGCCUUCCUUGUGAAGAAGUAACGAUCCAGCCCCACUGAACAGAGUAGUUGCUUACUUCUGCAAUAUGGGCCAAUGUUUGCCUUUUAUAGGCACAGACAGACACGUAUUCAAUCAAUUUACUGUUGUACAAUUAAGAAAGACAAAAUGUCUGUGCUAUAGGAAUGUUAGACAUGGAUCAUUGUACAAUCACCAUUGCUGUACUGCAGAUGCUACACCAUGAUGUACACGCAAGUGUUUUGGCAGGCUUACAGAUAUGUUGCAGGAGGAAGAGUAUGGUUUCUAAACACAUUUAGCAUUCGUAAGAAUCAGAGGUUAUCCUAAUGGAGAAGUGCUGUAUUUAAAUGUAUUUCCUAAAGUGCACUACUCUGGUUAAAAGUAGUGCGCUAUAUAGGAAAUGUGGUUCCAUUUGGAAUGCACCCCUUGUUUAAACAGCCACUUCAGAACAGCACCAAGAGACACUAAGAAGGACAUGGACUCCUCCCUCCCAGCCCAUGUACUUGAUUAUGUCCUCAUAAGUAGUUCCAUCCGCUUCAUAACUCCCCACAAACUUAUUCAGGGAUAAGACAUCCUUGUGCUUCCAAACUCUGCUUUCAGAACCAUGUGAUCUUUCCAAACUGACAUGGAUUUGACUUUUCUCGAGUUCACAUUUUUUCAUAAUCCCACUUUGAACAUUGCUUGUCCUUCAGCCCCCC